AAUAUAUGAGGAGUUUAUUUUGAUUUUUAAUUUUUCUCUACGCGAAGGAAAAUCAAAUCAGUUUUAAUUACUACCUAGACACUACACUGUGUAGCAAGUUCUAGACGAAAACAACAGCACAAUGAUUCCUGGCACCCAACUAGACGGCGUUGCUCUUGUUGUAGGCUCUGGACGAGGCAUCGGCCAGCAAGCAGCCUUCUCUCUAGCUGAAGCUGGUGCAAGGGCCAUCGUUUUUGCUGACAUGAAUGAGGAAACCGCAACAGCUUCAGCCGAGGAAAGCAAACAAUAUGCAACAAACAAGGAAUACCAGGCAACAGCUUUCAAGGUAAACGUUACAGAUGAGAAAGGGGUACAGGAUAUGGUAGAUUUUGUAGUGAAGCAAUUUGGUCGGAUUGAUUAUGCUGUUAAUGGUGCUGGGGUCGACAAUGGUGUCCACGCCCCGAUCGCCGAUACAGACAUUGAAGGCUUCGAUCGUAUCAUGACUAUCAACGCCAGAGGUAUGCUCCUCUGCGUGCGUGCUGAAGCUGCAGCCAUGCGUAAACAAGAGCCCCGGACAUUCACCAGCCGGAAUGGUGUUCGUGAUAUCGGGAGGGGGGCAAUUGUGAAUGUUGCUUCAGCCAAUUCCUCUGUUGGGCUCCCCGGAAAGGGCUCUUAUACUAUCUCUAAGCAUGCUUGUUUAGGGUUGACAAAAAUGGCCGGGUUGGAUCAUUCACCUGAGGGAAUCCGUUGCAAUGCUGUCUGUCCGACCUGGGUCCGCACUCCGCUGUUGGAUAUCGAACUAGAAAAGAAUCCCGAGGUGCGCGAUGCAAUAACAGCGAUUGUACCUAUCAAGCGUGCCGCCGAGUGUGAAGAGGUUUCCGAGGCUAUCACUUUCUUGCUGAGUCCGGCUGCCAGCUACAUCAAUGGGACAAGUCUCAUUUUGGAUGCUGGAGUGACGACUUCAGUCCGCGUGUUUAGAACGAACUAGUGACUGAAUGUGAAUUAGCCAGGAUGGACAUGACUGUCUUUUGCAAUUGCUUCGUUCAUUGAAUGAGUUUAUGUAACAACAGUCGACUUCCUGUCUGCAUAUAUAGCCUCAAGCAAUAGUCGGCUGUGUGGUCUCAAUCCAGCUUUUGUUGUUACGAGGGGUUUCCCCUAAAAUUCAUUUCAUUCGUUUAUUAUCUCUAAGUGUUGAAGGCGGCCCAAAAAGAGGAAAUUCUUCAUGCUUUUAUCCUUGUCAUAAAAUGGUUCAAUAGUUUCUACAUUAAGUCCCUCCAGGCC